AUGGCCUGCAGUUCGGAACCUGAACCGGUGCUAAAGGUAGGCGGUAUACCAGACCAGGACACCGCUAGGUUGGCACGUCGGUAUCAGAGUUUUGCCGAUUAUCUUGGGAAAGAACUGGGUGUUGAAGUAGAGUACGUGCCGAGCGCAGACUACGCCGCCGUAGUUACUGCCUUUCGCCAGGGCGAGUUGCAGUUGGCAUUUUUCGGCGCCCUGACCGGAGUGCAGGCCCGGAUUCAGAAUCCAGGUGCGGUAGCCAUAGCCCAGCGGGAGGGGGACGCCGAAUUUCAUACCAAGUUUGUUGCCCGUCCCGAGUUGGGAUUGACGUCCUUGGAGGACAUAAAGCCUCAAGCCACGGAAUUGACGAUAACCUUCGGGAGCGAGAGUUCAACAUCCGGCCACCUGAUGCCCCGCUAUUACCUUGCAGAAGCAGGAAUUAAUCCGGAUGAAGACUUCCGGGCACCGCCAAGUUUUUCCGGCUCCCACGACAAAACGUGGCAACUCGUCCAGAGCGGCUCUUACGAUAUUGGCGCUUUGAGCGAGUCUGUCUGGGAUCGGGCGCUUAGUGAUGGCAAGGUCGACCCUGACGCUGCAGUGGAAUUCCACAUCACACCGGCCUAUUUCGACUACAAUUGGACGGCCCAAGGCGAUCUGGACCAGGUUUACGGGAGCGGCUUUACAGCCAAGUUGCAGACCGCUCUCUUGAAGCUGAAUCCACAGGAACACGUCGAGAUACUGGAACUUUUCAGCACGGACAGGUUUAUCGAAACCAACAACGCAAACUACCGAACCAUUGAAGAUGUGGCCAGGGGCCUGGACAUGAUCAGAUAG